AUGGCGAGACACUUCGUCAAGCUUGGGAAAGAUACAAGAAGCUACUCAAAGACUGCCUGCAUCAUUGUUAUACCGAUGAGGUGUUGGGUCAUACUUUUGUAUGGGCUAGACGAGACAUCAAAGAUGAAUCUUGAUUCAGCUUGUGGGGGUAGUUGCAUGGCGAGGCCAUAUAGUGAAAUCCAACUCUGGAUAAAUAACUUCACUGCCAAUGAUCAUAAUUGGCAAGGAGAUGGGGACUCACGAAGAGCAAUUAAACAGAAAGCAACCAGUGUAAUUGAGCUUGAUGACUUCUCAACCAUGAGAGCUGAUAUAGCAAAAUUGGCAAAUCAGACGAAUAGAAUGACAAUGCACCAAACAAAACAGAUGACCGACUUCAGAAAUCUUGAGAGGCAAAUGAGGCAAUUGGUGUCAAAUCAAAAUACUAAGCCUGCAGGUGCUCUUCUUAGUGAUACAGAGAAGAACCCUCAAGUUAAUACAGUUACACUCAGAAACAGGAGGGAAUUAGAGGAAGUGCCAAAGAAGAGAAAGGACAAGCCUAUACCUGAAGGAGAACUGAUUGCUAAAGCAACACAUGAGUCAAAGAAAGAUGAUGCAAGUUUAGAGCCGGAGAAUGUUGCAAAGUCACCACCACCUUUCCCCAAAGAUUGCAGAAGAAGAAUGGCGAUGCUUAAGGAUCCUGGCAGCUUCACCAUCCCUGUGCGAAUUGGAAAUAUCAAUGUGGGUCGUGCUCUUUGUGAUUUAGGGGAGAGAAUAAAUCUGAUGCCCUUGUCCUUGUUCAAGAAAUUAGGUUUGGGAGCUCCAAGACCAACCACUGUGAUGUUGCAACUAGCGGAUAGAUCCAUAGCAUACCCUGAAGGAGUGAUUGAAGAUGUGUUGCUGCAAAUUGGGAAGUUCAUCUUCCUAGUGGACUUCAUUAUCCUAGAUUAUGAGGCUGAUGAACAAGUUCCAAUCAUAUUGGGACGACCUCUCUUGGAUACUGGUGAUGUAAUUAUUAAAGUGAGAGAGGGAAAAAUGAUUAUGAGGGUGGACAACGAGGAAGCAGUUUUUAAUGUUUACAAGGCGAUCCAAAUUCCCCAUUAUGAGGAGCUCUCUAUGAUAUAUGUUGUGGAGGUGGAUGAGCAACUUCUUGAAACGAGUGUAUAUCUAGACGAUUCUCUAGAGAAAGCUCUCAUGUUGUUCGAUAGCUUGGAGAUUGAUGAUGAGGUUGAGGAGAUUGAAGAAAAGCUGUUGAUAGUGCUAUGUGAGCAUAAGCGAGCAAUUGAGUGGAUGAUGCUUCUUGAGAAAGAUAUCCCCUUCAAGUUUGAUGAUGCCUAUCUGAAAGCAUUUGAGGAGCUAAAGGGAGGAUUGGUGACUGCAUCAAUAUCAUUGCCUCAGAUUGGGCGCAACCAUUUGAUUUGA